UUUGCUGGCCCCAGUCAGGCGGGGAAGAUGGCCCAGGCCGGGGGAGCCGCUCCCACGCCCUGCCACCCCCUCCCCUAAGCUGGGUGAACUCGGCAAUCCCCUCUCCCUCUUUCCCUCCCCUGCGCCUCAAUCGGGAAUGGCUCCGUGGCCCCAUGAGAACAGCUCUCUGCCCGAAUGGCCAGACCACCCAACGGUAGCGUCCGCCGUCACCAACACUAGUGGGCUGUCCGCGGCACCGUGGGCAGCAGCGGUAGCAGGGGCGCUUUUGGCUCUGGCUGUAUUAGCAACCGUGGGAGGCAACCUACUGGUCAUCGUGGCCAUCGCCAGGACCCCACGGCUCCAGACCAUGACAAACGUGUUCGUGACUUCCCUGGCUGCGGCUGACCUGGUGGUGGGGCUCCUGGUGGUGCCCCCGGGGGCCACCUUGGCGCUGACGGGACAGUGGCCAUUCGGCGCCACGGUUUGCGAACUCUGGACCUCGAUUGAUGUGCUGUGUGUGACCGCCAGCAUCGAGACUCUUUGCGCCCUAGCCGUGGACCGCUACCUGGCGGUGACCAACCCACUGCGCUACGGCGCCCUGGUUACGAAGCCCCGCGCCCGAGCGGCUGUCGUCGUGGUCUGGGUCGUGUCCGCCGCAGUGUCUUUCGCGCCCAUCAUGAGCCAGUGGUGGCGCGUAGGAGCCGACGCCGAGGCACAGAGUUGCCACUCCAAUCCGUUCUGCUGCGCCUUCGCCUCCAAUUUGCCCUACGCUCUGCUCUCCUCCACUGUCUCCUUCUAUCUUCCCCUGCUCGUCAUGCUCUUUGUCUACGCUCGGGUCUUUGCUGUGGCUACUCGCCAGCUGCGCCAGCUGCGUCGGGAGCUCGGUCGCUUCCCUCCAGAAGAGCCCCCUCCUUCCCCGCUGCCCCCUUCCCAAGGAACGCCCUUCACCCGUCCUGGGAGGGUCCAUUCUUGCAGUCGCCGACCAGCGCGCCUGCUGCCCCUUCGGGAGCACCGGGCCCUGCGCACCCUGGGUCUCAUCAUGGGCACCUUCACCCUUUGCUGGCUGCCCUUCUUCGUGGCCAACGUGGUGCGCGCCCUCGGGGGGCCUACGCUGGUUCCCAGUUCGGCAUUCCUCGCCCUCAACUGGCUUGGCUACGCCAACUCUGCCUUCAACCCCCUGAUAUACUGCCGCAGCCCCGACUUUCGCAGCGCCUUUCGCCGCCUGCUGUGCCGCUGCGGCCGCCGCCUGUACGCUCGGCCGCGCUCCCCGUGUCCCCGUCGUUGCCUUCCCCGAACUCCUGAAGCCUCCCCGGAUCCAACCGCCGGAGUCGCGGGUGCUGUCAAGGUUGCCCAGAGCCAGGGGACAGAAGAUGGGGACCAAGGCCGUGGGGCAAGGCGGCAGGGGACGUUCUCUGUGGGAGGGUCAGCGGGAGAUGACUCAGACUGCCCAGUGCCCACAGCUUGAGGGGCAGGUACCAAGGAGUGAAGGGCCCUGGGACUGAGAUAAUGAAGGAUACUUUGUGCCUUGCUCUAGAAACUUUUUUAAAAAGAAGAUUGGGGGUGGGAACGCGUCAGGAUAGGGAAAGAUGAAGAAAUAUCGAGGGGCGAAAGAAUCUGCUGAGGUUAGAAAAGGGGGUUCAGAAAUAGGGAACCCAGAAUUAUCUAUUGUAAAUCUGGGGCAGGAGGCAAGAGGGAGAGUUGGCCCUUGGAGGAACACUGCAUUCUUCAGCCGUCUGAAAGCUGGAGUGCAUAGAGGGAGGGCGGUGCCCCAUCCUGGGACUAAGGGCUACUAUCCUACUUCGAGCUCUGGGGUGGGGUAGGGUCGGCGGGGCUGUGGUGGCUACAAUUUGGGUCGCAGAUCCUUGCUUUCAAUACAAGCGCCAAUUCCUAGCUCUCUCAGGACUGAAGCCCAGAUGAUUUCAGCCUCCAUCUCUGCCCUUCCAAAGGUUUUACAGAUCUCGAGCGAACCUGCCCACAGGCUGCUUGGAGAGUUAGUGAGAGUGAAAAUUCUUCCCCAGGAGGAGGGGGCAGGGUGGAGGUGUAAGGUUAGGGAGUGGUAAUGACUCCAUCUCUCUGGGCAUUACUCAUUAUUUAGUGAUUUUUUUCCUAAGUCCUGUCAAGGAUUCACCUGUCCCUACGCCUUUUUGCAUCCUUCCCCGCUCUGCUUCCCACUCCCCACUCCCCACUCUCCAUCUCCAGUGCCCUAUUUUCCUCCUUUCCCCAGACUCAAGAUGUCUAUGCCUUUCAGGACUUUCAGGAGUUCCUUGCCUUGGAUUGCAGCUGACAGAAACUGCAGUUGUUCAUUGACGCAGACCCCUUGGAAGAUCCGGGGAGCUCGGUCAGACUGUGUCUGAGACGGGGGUCUGUGGAGUGGUGAAACUGCCCGAGCUACGCCCUAACCUUCCACCCUGUGCCCUCCAGGACCAGCUAUCUGUUGCUAUGAUAAGUUAAGGAGCUUGUUAGUUGAGAGAGAGUAGAUCUUCCUAGUUCCUUCCAGAUGUUACAGAGAAAAUGGAGUCAGCUGCCAAAGCACCGACCUAAGCGGAAUAACCUAUCACUACCUCAGCAAGUGGGUGUAUCUUUUCAAUCUGCCCUCAUUAGUCCCAGGAGCAGGAGGGAUAAGCAUUUAUGUAGGGGGCACCCCAUCUCUUUCACGUUGGUGCUGCAUAAUCGGAUCUCAGGACAACCAGAGCAUCCCCGUUCCAUGCCUUCAGUUUUCUAGAUCAGGAGAUGGUGGCAACUCAGAGGAUCUUUUGCAGUUUUCAAGCCUUUAGGAAUAUUCCCUACAUGCUGCUGCCAGUGGUAAGAGUAAGGGAUAGGAGAAAUCCAAAAGUCUGGAUUUUGCUCCUAGCUUCAUUUCACCACUAAGCCUCAUUUACCCUCAUUUUUUUGGAGAGAGAACAACUCACAUCUACCUCACAAUACUAUCAGAGGGACUCCUAUUGUUGUGUGUGUGUGUAUGUGGGAAGGGUACGCCCUUGAGUUUCUAUAAACUCCUAGUGUUUAUAGAAGGUGAACCUAUUCUGUUGUUUUAAAAUCGAAUCAAUAAAUGUCACUACAUAAACGAACUUCUUGCCCCUUUCUUCUCAUUCCUUUUCCUUCCUGCCUCUGAUUCAUGUUCCUCUUUCCCCUACUUACUCCUUUAUCUUGGUCUAGCUCCCAACACAUCCAGUAAAUUAGAGAUAAUCUUCAUAACCAACCUUCCUCCCUUUUUCAUCAAAUCCCUCCAAACUUUUAUCUUCAAGUUAAGCCACAAACUAUUUUGGCAAAGGAGCCUGGGACUAUUCAGAAAUUAGGGCUUCUCCAUCUGAAAUAUGAUUAAAUAGCAAAGUGAUGGACCUUAGUAUAGAAGUUAGUUGGACCCCAAUUCAGGGUAUAUUUUGCCCACCUUGCUGUGAGCCUGAGGUGGGCACCAGGAACCCAGGACAUCCAAGAGGUGGUCUUGUGUAACACUAUACUUAUUAAUAUAUAUGUGGUUGUGUGUAUAGCUGGCUCAUAGUGCAUUGUUAUAAGCCAGUGAGAGAAGAUGUAUCAUGCUGUAAAUAUGUCCUGAUCAUCAUCUUUGCUCCCUAUACCCACUCCCCACUGCCUACAGAAAUCUUUUAUCUAUUUCAAAGUAAAACUAUUCUUUAAAACA